GCCACAGUUCACUCGUACAGUCGGAGCAGGAGUGUCAAUGCUCUUUGAGCUUUGGCAGUCGAAGCACCUUCACUUUAUUGCACUCAAGGCAGUAACAACAAAUCAAAAAUCCCAACCAAAUGGACUAUGCCUACAGGACGAGUGCUUAUCUGCCUUUCUUCUGGAUAAAUGAAGAUCUUUUUUCUAAAAACAAGUGAAGACACUUUUUCAUGCCUCUCCACACUACUGUCACGCAAGGACUAAUUUCAGCGAAAACAAAGUGUUUCUUCAACAGUGUGGUGAACUUUUGUUCGAGACAUCUAGAAGAUCUACAAAACAUCCACUGCAUGAACUUUUUUUUGCUUCACCUCCACAGGGGCACAGAUGUAUUCUUCAGGAUGAAUGAUGGUGAAGUAAAUAGGAAUCGUAUAUUGUGUUCCUGGAGACACUGUGGUAUCUUAAGCUCAUACGAUCGCUCGAGCAUGUCUCUGUCAAAUCAAGACUCAGUCUAAAGGAUCGCAGUCCAUGCCAAAGAAACCGUCUGUGUUCUAACCUACGCAUCAGGGGCCAUAAUACAUAUCAGGAAUGCUAUUUCACUCAUCGCUGGGACUUGUUCACUUUCUAAACUUCAAAACUAAGAGUUAGCUUUUAGUCUGUAUGUUCCUUUAAACUACGAAGAUGGACAGCACCAAUAUUCCACCUCACAGCAAUUCUUCCACCAACGGUGACAGUAACAGUGGCGCAGAUUACAGAUUCCUGUUUCCCGUGGUGAUCAUCAUCAUCAUCAUCAUCUUGGGCAACCUGCUGGUCAUCAUUGCAAUAGCAAGGACAGCCCUGCUACAGACCGUAACCAACAUCUUCAUCAUGUCAUUGGCAUGCGCAGAUCUCAUCAUGGGGGUUAUGGUGGUACCGCUCGGCGCCACCAUUGUCGUAACAGGCGAUUGGCAGCUCAGUGAUAACUGGUGCAAGUUAUGGACAUCGGUAGAUGUCUUGUGUGUGACUGCCAGCAUUGAGACACUUUGUGCAAUCUCAGUGGACCGUUAUAUCGCGAUCACAAGACCCCUACGCCACAAAGUGCUGCUUAGCAAGUGGCGGGUUCGACUGAUUGUAUGCUUAGUGUGGGUUGUGUCUGCUCUCACGUCAUUCCCCCCCAUUAUGACCAACAUUUGGAGGGCUGAUGAUGAUAAAGCUAAAGCUUGCUAUAAUGAGAGCAAAUGCUGUGAUUUCAUCACCAACAAAGGUUUCGCAAUUGUAUCAUCAAGCAUUUCAUUCUACAUCCCUCUAGUCAUCAUGAUCUUUGUCUACACCAAGGUGUUUGUCAUUGCUACAAGGCAGGUGCAGCUAAUAGGGAAGAGCCGGCAGCGUUUCCAGAAUGAAAAUGCGGCCAGCAAUGGCAACAACAACCUACCAUCGACUAUAAGCAGUGGCAGUACUAAACGGAAAUCUUCCCGACGAAGGCCAUCUAAAUUAAGCGUUGUGAAAGAGCACAAGGCAUUGAAGACACUGGGUAUCAUCAUGGGAUGCUUUACUCUCUGCUGGCUGCCCUUCUUUGUAGCCAACAUCAUCUACACCUAUAAUCGUGACCUAAUACCAUCAAAUGUUUUCCGAUUAUUAAACUGGCUUGGCUACAUCAAUUCAGGCCUCAACCCCAUAAUCUACUGCAGAAGCAAAGAAUUUCGUACAUCGUUCAAGAGCCUUCUAGGAUGUCCCUGGCUGCAAAUGCCAAGCAUGAACUACCUUUAUAAGGAGCUUAGGACUCGAUGUCCAUGUUUUCUGGGCUUGACAGAAGCAGGCAUGAAUGGAGCUUUCCAGAAGCCUGUCAACUCACGAGACACAAGGCCAAAUCCUGUGCCGCAGGAAGAUGGGGAAGAAAGUCUAGGAAGCAGUCAGAGCAGCUACAAGAGUGAAAAGUCAUCGCCGGGACCUGCACGCUCCAACGGCAGCACACAAUUCAGUGAUUUCUCUGAAACGGAGACUGAGUUUUCCACCUCACAGGGGCUGGGAGAAUGAGAAUCCACAGCUUGGCUGAAAGACAGAGCGAGAGAAAAAGAGAGCGAGAGGCAGAGACGACUAAUUUCAGCCGAGACUGGAUAAACUUUCUGGCCAGCAGACCAAGGACUGCAAAGAGCCACAAAAGCAACCUCACAAAUGACUGCGAUGAAAUACACAAACAAGAUAAACCAAACGGGAACGGCUGAUCGGACGGUGGCACGCACAGACACGGCUCGCGCACAAGACCGGAUGGACAGCCGAGAGCACGUCCAGGCUGCUAUUACUCUUGGCCUUUAGGGAAAAUAACUGGAUCAAACCAGUUAAGCUGGGUCGGUGUGAUGGACUACAAUCUAUAAGCGGCUGGUGGAAGCCAAGUUGGAUCUGGGUGACGUGGAUUAGUCUCAAAACAAUCCAAAUUUUGUAGGUUUUCUCAAAGGCCGACUCCGUCCCAGCAAGUUUCUAUUUUUCACAAGCAAGGACUUCUUGAAAAAAAAAAAACACUUCUGGCGCACAAACAACUACAAUAGACGUUUUUUUGUUUUUUUGUUUUCCACAACAGAUGUAGUCUGUCAUUUAGAGUACAGGAAAGUAGUGGUUGAAACCAAAUUUUGUACUUAAUGUUAAAUUAUUUCCUAUUUAUUUAUAUUCCCCAAUUUUACCUGUGAAUGUGCAAAGAGUUUAUCAGAACGAUACAGGUAUUCAUGUCGUACAGGUUUACGUCUGUUCACUGACAUGUAUAGCUAACAGAAUGGUAGCUAAUGUUUUCUGUUUUUCUUUUGUUUGUUUUAAAAGUCCUUUAUAAGCUGCAAACACCAUGUGCACAAACUUGAACCCUUUGGCUCACCUCCCAAAAAAAAAAAAAAAAAAAAAAAAAAAAAUCCAAAAAGACGCCCUCUACUUAUUUUUCUGUUACUUUUAUUAACUUUUAUAGCUGCUAAAGUUUUUUUAUUUCAUUCAGAGAUCUCCAAGGUAUGGCACACAAUAUUAUUCUGUAUUAUGCUUUUGUUUGAAUAGCUUUUUAUACUAACAAAACUCCCAACAUAGAAUUUAUUCUAACAUUAAAAGAAAAAAAACCCCAACAACUUAGGAACAACUGAUUACGCUUUUUCAAAUGUAACACGGUGGUGUUUCAUUAUCAGGUGCAAUUGCUGAGGAUUUCAAUUUCAGUGAGGAAAGUAACUGAAAAGGAAAAUGAAUAAUAAUAGGAAAUGCAAUGACGGACACACUUUCUGUGGAUCUCAGGAUAUUUGUUGUGCCCUCUGAAACAUUUUUUUUUUCUUUUUUCAGAGGAAUCAAUCGGUAGCAUCCAUACUGCUUUUUGAGCUGUGUACAUAAUUCCUUGUUCAAUGUGAUUUUCCUGUAACAUUAAUGGAGCAGAUAAAUAACAGGAUGUAAAAAAAAUAGCCAGGGCUGCGCAAUUAUGUUUAAAAAAAAAAAAAGAGAGAGAGAGACUUUUAUUAUUUCAAUGUUGUCACUGCGGUCUUUAUACAUUUGUUAUUGUGCUUGAAAGUGAUUUAAUAAAGCCUAAUCCUGGAGUUAUGAGCCAUUCUCAAAACAUUAAAUUAAUGUUUAAACAUCCCAUACAGAUUUAAACAUUAAACUAAAGAUUUAACUAAAGCAGAUCCCUUAAUACUAAAACACAGACAUUGUAACGCCAGUGACCUUUGAAACCAAAAAUGCCUUAUUUCAAAUGUAAGUGUACCACUAUAUACAAAAUACAGCAUUGAUUGUGAUUGUACGAUUGAUUAUGCAGCCCUAUAAAAAAAGAUAAAUAAAUAAAUAAGUUAAAACUCUUAA